GCCAACAUCUGUGUCCAUCAUUAACUUUUUAAGUUUCUGCAGAAGCGCGGUGCCUUGGUGGGUUUUAACGACGAGACGGCCCAACCCCUCGUGCAGACUUGUACGCCUGUGCACACGCAUCCCUUCUAGCAUGUGUCUCAAUUUAGCGACCUUUCCAGAGUGAAGGCUCCAGGGCCAACAGCACGAAAGUACUAGCAUCUAUUCUGCGAGGAAGAGGAGUACACUGUUAAGUCGACGGGAUCGGCACAUCGCUGCGGAGGACACUCUUCUCAGAACCCCCACUGCGUGGACGGUUUCUCCGGCACCCGUAGCAUCAUCCGGUGGCUUCCAAGAACAACUAGCCGUGUCUCUUAAUCACCGCGUGAACGACAGGAGGGGGGCAUCAGUUAGCUCGAAGUGUGCUGUCGUUGGAGGUCUCUUGAGAGGUAAAGUUCCCUUCUUGAGCCCACUUCUGCGACGGUUUGUCUGUUCAGUGCAGAUUUAAACAAGGGCAACACCUUCGUCUCGCCUCUGUGUAGGACACCGCGUCGAUGUUGUCCUCGAUUUUUUCCGAUUCGCCAAUUUUCUCUCAAUAAUUAAUGGCCUCAGGCGCCGGCCUAACGAUUGUGCCCACGCAUGCCCGAGGUGCCCCCGUUGUUGUAGCUUUUCGACUGAGCGUCCGGAAAAUGCCAAGUGACUUUGUUCUUCGGUGAUUUCCCUGCCCGUAGAGUGGGAGUUCGGAGAAGUCCCUCAUCUGUUGCCCUUUCCAUACUCUUGAUUCACUGGCACGGACUCACAACCGAGAGUGAGAGGCUGCGCGAAGGGGCGUCCAGCAAGGCGAGAGUUUCACCGUUGAAUUUUUGCAUGACCAACGAGAGAGACGAAUGCAAUAAUGUCGGGAAGGAGGAUCGCUUCUCGUUUUGACAGGAGGAGCCCGGGUUUUGCAACUUUAUGCAGCACAGCAUCUAUUUUGAGUAUGCUUGUCUUCCCGAGUGAGCAAGCAUGGCAAUUCACUGACAGCCUCGGCUUCGCUUCCACAAGUGCAGAACAUGCCUUGGAGCUGAACACUGAGAUGGACUUCCUGCGAAUAAGGGAGGGUAUGCAUUUCCGUCAAUUAAGCGGCGAGGGUAUGCCCAAGUAUAACCGAGAAGUGGUUUUGCCUGACACCAUGUCCACGUACCUGCUGUACAACUUCACCAUGACGCCGUCUUCUGUGCUCUUGAUUAAGACCCAGAGUGAGGCCCACAUCUUAGACCCCAGUACGUUAUUUUCCGACGCCUACCUGCCGAAUGAGGAAAUGUCAGACUGCGAUGCUAGCCGAACGGUAACGUGGCAUGAACUGUUCCCCGUCCUCCCUUACACAUUUGGCCUCUGGAAUGCCGUUGGCCCGAUGUACUUCUUCCAGUUCCCUGCUAAGAACUACAUUGAGCCAGGAACAAGCCCUUAUUUCUGUUUCCGAGUGCAAGACAAGCGCACGCACAAGUGGGCAACCUUCAUAUUGGGGGUCAACACCGCGAGCCGUUCCACGACCGGCUUUGCUAGCAUAGGAACGAUUUUGCUGGCACUCUCAUCAGUGCACAUUUGAUGACGAGAUUUUGUUGGGCGCUAAGUGGCAGACCUUCUCAUACACAGUCCCCAUGCGCCCUGUUUCUAGAAAAUACGGUAGCUUGCAUUGUCCGUCCAAGCAUGCUUGCUGGACAUGCUUUAUCCCCUCCAUGUCCAAUCUUGAGUUUCGGAUGCAACACACAUGAAGAGAGGACACCGGAAAGACUCCAUAUUUCUUGGCGCCAGUCAUACAGCGGCGCAUGCACUGGGCCCCUUCAGACAUCCGAACGUGUUUGGGAAACUCUCAAGAAACUGUCGGGAUUGACAGCUUUUUCUUCUUUCCGCUGGUAACCUUGUGGAUGCUGGACUCCUCUAGUUUUCAUUGAUCGUUUGCCUGACUUUGGGUGAUUUUGUCCUUUGGUGAAGCCCUGCAAAGGUCCUGCGGGCUCAAGGAGUGUUUUUUCUUUGUUGAGAUGAAUAAGCAAUGCACCGGGGUCUCGCAGUUGUUCUGGUUAUACCAACACAACCUGACACGGGAAUUUCAGUUUUGUGGCCAGCUUUGCGUGCUGCGUUGCGGCGUUUCUAGACUGUCUUUCCCACGUACUGUGCUGCAGAAGCACCUCAACCCGGUUUUUGCCAUAUUCCCCUAUUGAGCGAUGGUGGAAAGGCAAUCUUGCGUUCGUCUGUCGAUGCAGCAGGGGGAAUCGGCAAGUGUAUAUUACCCACUGAGCAGAUCCGUAAUGAUUGUUGUGUUUGCAGUUUCUGUUUUCUGUUCCUCGUUUUGCCGAUUGUGGAUUUCUACACAGUUUCCGCAUCAGUCCGGCGCUGUCUGUGGGCAGAAAAAGCGAUUCUUUUCAAUGGCAACCAGCUACCGUCGGAGAAUCACCUGUGUCUGAUUUCGUUGUCUCUCAGACCGCGAUUGAGUAGAAGGGCCAAAUACUGCCCCUACGUUUUUUUUGUGGCAGCCAGUGUGCUUCCCCGUUGUGGGCUGGGCACAGGCCUCCGGAAAACGGUUUUUCGAUAAAAAACAACUUGUUGUUCAAGUUCGUUC